UUCACAGAAAAGCACACGAUUGCAUCAGAAUGGUGCCAAAGUUGCUUCAAGAUUGCAUCAUAAAUCGCAAAUUUGUUCUGGUUUGGUGUGUUUCUUGCAGGUCACAGGUCGUCAUUGGACAUGGUUGCUGGUGUGUUGAUUGCAGCAAGAUUAUUAGAACAAACUCUAAGAGACUCCUCCAAAAUAUUUAGCAUCUUGGUCAUAGUCAAAAUCGUACUCUCACACCAAACUUCCUAACAACAUCAUCAACAAUGUCUUCCAAAUGCCCCAGUAUCUUCUCCGACAUCGGAAUAUUAUCCAGAGAUAUCCUUACCAAAGAUUACAACUCCGAUCAACGGUUCACAAUAUCCUCCUCCACCAACUCCGGCAUCGAUUUGCAUUCAACGUUAUUGAAGAGUAGAGGACCUUCCUCCGGUGAUGUUGCUGCUCAAAUUAACCACAAAAAGAAUACUCUUCUUUUCAAAGUUGAUACCGAAUCAAGUGUGUUGACAACAUUUACUCUCACAGAUUUUGUGUCUUCUGCGAAAGUCGUUGCUUCUAUUCGAUUACCUGAUUACAAAUCCGGAAAGAUUGAGGUUCAAUAUCUUCAUGAUCAUGCUGGUUUUACUACUUCUGUUGUUUUAAAUUGCAACCCUGCUAUUGAUUUUUCUGCGACAAUUGGUACUCCUGGGAUUGCAUUUGGCGCGGAAACUAGCCACUCCACAAGUGUUGGGAAGCUUACAAAGUAUAAUGCUGGAUUGUGUUUGAAGAUGCCGAGUUCGCAUGCUUCCACCCAAUUUUCCGGAAGAUUCAAAGACGGUGUUGAUUGCUCAGUUAAGGAUGCUUCGCAAGGUUUUGCCCGUUGACUCUUCCCGGUACUUUCAUUAUAAUAGUAAAAUGCACCACUCCCCGGAUCUUUUGCUUCCACCUUCAUGACAAACCAUCCUGGAGGUAAG